AGAAGAAGAAAUGAAACUGAAAGAUUCAGUCAAGUUUAGAUAGGUUUCAAGGUCAUUUCAGAACACCGUGGAACAAGCAGUUUCCAUUACAACUAUUGCAGCUGUUGCCCGUAUUCCUCCUGCCAGGAGACAACAAAGCCAGAAUGCCUAUUGACAUGAGUAAUUUGAGGCUUGUUCUUCUGGGUAAGAGUGUGUCAGAGAACAGCCAAGUGGGAAACUUCAUCUUAGGAAGAGCAGUGUUUGACAGUGAAUCUCCUUCAGAUGAUUUAGUGCCGUACAGUGACAGAGUCCGAGGAAAACAUGUGACUGUCGUCAACAGUCCUCUCCUGCUCAACCCAGAUCUGUCCCUACGUCACAUCACACAGGCAGUGAAGGAGUGUUUGUCUCUGUCUGCUCCAGGACCUCACGUGAUCAUUCUGGUCCUCAAACCUGACGAGUGUUCAAGAGAAGAGAAAGUGUGCAUCGAGAUCCUGCUCAGCUGUUUCUCUGACAGUGUGUUUCAGCACACCCUGGUGCUCACGACACAAGAGCCAGAACUCACUGAGCCAACUGAAGUCAAUGAUGUCAUAAAGGAAAUCAUUAAAAAAUGUUGUAACAGACACAGCAGAUUGGAGAGAAACGGCACUCCUGCCAACCUUAUAGCCACAGUGAAGGAAAUAGUUCAGGAGAAUGAUGGAUGUUACAUGAAUUGUAACAAAUGUGAGGACUUCACUACAGACGACACAGAAGGAGCAGCAUUUACCAGUAUUCCUCCUGCCAGGAGAGGAGACAACAAAACCAGAACGCCUCCUGAGGUGAGUGAUUUGAGGAUUGUUCUUCUGGGUAAGAGUGUGUCAGAGAACAGCCAAGUGGGAAACCUCAUCUUAGGAAGAGCGGUGUUUGACAGUGAAUCUCCUUCAGAUGAUUUAGUGCCGUACAGUGACAGAGUCCGAGGAAAACAUGUGACUGUCAUCAACACUCCUCUCCUGCUCAACCCAGAUCUGUCCCUACGUCACAUCACACAGGCAGUGAAGGAGUGUUUGUCUCUGUCUGCUCCAGGACCUCACGUGAUCAUUCUGGUCCUCAAACCUGACGAGUGUUCAAGAGAAGAGAAAGCGUGCAUCGAGAUCCUGCUCAGCUGUUUCUCUGACAGUGUGUUUGAGCACACCCUGGUGCUCACGACACAAGAGCCAGAACUCGCUGAGCCAACUGAAGUCAAUGAUGUCAUAAAGGAAAUCAUUAAAAAAUGUUGUAACAGACACAGCAGAUUGGAGAGAAACGGCACUCCUGCCAACCUUAUAGCCACAGUGAAGGAAAUAGUUCAGGAGAAUGAUGGAUGUUACAUGAAUUGUAACAAAUGUGAGGACUUCACUACAGACGCCACAGAAGGAGCGGCACAGAUGGAAACAGGUCAGGAAAAAUCAAUUAGACACAGUCAGUCUGCUGUUAAUGAGAAUCCUAAAAUGUCAAGAGAAACCACAAUCAGCGAAAACAUGGAAACAGAUCUCAGCAAUGCAAAGAGCUUAAGUGUUGCACAAAUUAUAAAGGACAGCCAGAGCAGAAAAAUAGAAGAUGGAAGCAAUGAAAACCUACCAAUGUUUAAACUCCACCUGGAUGAAACUUGGCAGAACAGUGAUGGAUUCUGCAGAAGAAACACAUUUGGGAAAACCAUCCCAAAAGAGAACAAGACCAUUAUGAUGAUCGGAGCGACAGGUGCAGGAAAAACCACUCUAAUUAACAGCAUGAUCAACUACAUCCUGGGAGUGCAGUGGGAAGACGACUUCCGGUUUGUGCUUAUAGAUGAAGGGAAGCAGAAAUCUCAGGCUGAAAGUCAAACAUCACAGAUCACAGCAUAUCAGAUUAAUCACAUGGAUGGCUUCCGGGUCCCAUUCUCUCUGACAAUAGUGGACACACCAGGCUUUGGUGACACCAGAGGAAUUGCACAUGACCAGAAAAUCACAGCACAGAUUCAGGAGUUCUUCUCUGCCAGUGGAGGGAUCGACCACAUUGAUGCUGUGUGUUUCGUAGUACAGUCUUCACUUGCUCGUCUGACACACACACAGAAAUAUGUCUUCGACUCCAUUCUUUCUAUAUUUGGGAAGGAUAUUGCUGAAAACAUCCUUGUGCUGGUCACCUUUGCAGAUGGGAAGACACCUCCAGUUCUCGAGGCCAUCAAAGUCUCUCAGGUUCCCUGUUCUACCGAUGAGUCCGGAGAGCCACUUCACUUCAAGUUCAACAACUCUGCCAUGUUUGCUACCAAUAAUAAAUCUGGAGGAGCUAAGGAGUCUGUUUGGGAGAACUUUGAUCAAAUGUUCUGGAGUCUGGGAUUUUCUAGCAUGACAAAGUUCUUCACAUCUCUUAACAUGAUGCAAACUAAGAGUUUGUUUCUGACACAGGAGGUCUUAAAAGAGCGACGACAGCUAGAAGUGCUUGUGGAACGUCUCCAGCCCCAGAUCAAUGCUGGUCUGACAAAACUGAAUGAAAUCAGGAAGACAUAUGCUGCUCUGGAGCAGCACAAGGCUGAAAUGGUUGCAAACAAGGAUUUUGAAUACGAGAUUGAAGUAACUGUCCCAAAACAGAUAAAAAACACAUCUAGCUCCUUCUUAACCAACUGUCAAACUUGUCACUUCACAUGUCAUGACAAAUGCAUAUAUGCAAAUGACUAUGAUAAAGAUAAGUGCUCUGCCAUGAAAAAUGGAAAGUGUAAUGUCUGCCCUGGAAAGUGUGUCUGGAAUGUGCACUUCAAUCAGAAAUACAAAUGGGAUUAUAUCACACAAAAAAGAAAGGAAACCUAUCAGGAUUUAAAAAAGCGAUAUGAGGCUGCACAUGGACAGGUCAUGUCAACAGAAAAGAUCUUUGAAGAGCUUGAAAAUGAGCUUGAUGUUGUCAAGGAUACUGUGGCUGGACUAAUUAAACACUCUCAAAUGUCCUUGGAGCGGCUGCAGGAAAUUGCCAUCAAGCCCAACCCUCUUUCUGUCCCUGACUACAUUGAUCUGAUGAUUGAGUCUGAAAAACAAGAAGCCAAACCUGGAUUUAAAGAUCGCAUUAAGUCUUUAUCAGAAGUCAGGAAGAAAGCAGACAUCAUCAGUAAGGUUUCAACAGGAGAAGUGCUUCCACAGCAUUGGAAAGAACACAAACGUACAGGAAAAAAAAAAACUUUCAUUGAUGUAACAGGCUGGUUCAAUUUUGGAUUUUGGAAAAAGUAGGCAGGAACCACAAAUUAUAAAUUAAACUAAUAAUGACAUCAGCAAUCAUGAAAGUAAAGUGGAACCCCCUAGAGUGUGUCACAGUCUAUUCCCACACCUAACCUUCCAUGCUCAACACAUUUAACAAAACUAAGAAUUUUGGCUUUCUGUUAAAAUGUUCUGUAUGCGUUCUUAUUAUUCUAAAUACAUCAGUUUAUAAUGGUCUUCAUCUUUAAUCUACAUAUGAUGUACAAUACCCACCCAGUUUGUUAAAUCUAUGCAUCUAAAAUUGAUCUAUGUCAUAUUGAUUUAACUAAUAAUGUCACAGAUGUUUAGAAUGUAUCAGAGUGCUGUUUUGGGAUGAUGUAAUUUUACUUUCACUGUUUCACUUUCACAAUUUUACUAAACUCUGUGUACUGCCAAUAAAUAGUACAUAAAUGCUCCC